CCAGCUGAAAUCAUUCGACCACCGUCAACUACACCUGGGGAUGUACAGCUCGUCAGCUUCACAUAAAUGCACAGGCACACAGCUAUAGCUCAGAUGCGUGCCUUAAAGCUACCGGGCCGUCAAUGCCAGUCUAGCGCGAGAGACUGCUGCUGCCUUCUCGCUGGCGCAUCUCAACUUCCAAAUAACUCAGAGGCUUGCCUUGACACAUGAAACAUGCCAUCAUUUGCUCUGAAACGUAGACCGUUGCAGGACAAGCAUCUCGCGGAGAAGGAGAUUCACGCAUCACACCCUUAGAUGUCGGAGACACUGUUAUUGCCAUCAUGAAUGCGUUGCACAACUUAACAGCUCUGCUGAACACGACAGAUGCAAUGGCGCCUUGGAGCGCUCGUCGCGCGAUACACGGUACCGGAGGAGGCUUUCAAGAGAAAGACACAAUUUCUGCGAAUUCAGACGAUGAAGACAGUGCUGGCAUACCUGCGCUCGUCAAGCGAAGUCUCAUUGUCUUCACUGUCUUGUGCGCUUUCAGUUUUGCGGCAGUCGUAUUGCGCUUGCAUCACCGUCGGAAACGGCUCAAGAAACUAGGAUCAGACGACUAUCUCAUUUCUCUUGCUUGGCUGUUGGCUGCUCUGGUUGGCGUUCUUAGUCACUACCGCGAUGCUCAAGGUUUUGGUCAAGAGACUCCAACGUUUGAUGAGCUCUCGUCGAUCUUCAAGCAGCAAUUUGUCUAUAUGCACGCCUUCUACAUUUCUCUCGCACUGACUCAGGUGAGUGUGGCGAUCAAUUACCGUCGUCUAAGUCAAGGACUCAUUCGCUGGCAUACGAUUGUUUGUAAUAUUCUCCUUUGCUACAUCGUUGUCGGGUCCCUUGUGGAGAUACUGGCCUAUGACUUGCAGUGCCGGCCAAUUCCCGCCUUCUGGAGACUACAGGACAGACCUAGUGCCAAUUGUUAUGGCAAGACAACCACAGCUACCCUAGUCAUCUAUGGUCCGCCACUCUUUCGCAUCACGGCGGACAUCGCUCUAAUGAUCUUGCCGAUGCCAGUCAUUUCAAUGCUUCAGCUACCAAAAGCCCAGAAAGCUGCCGUUGUUGCAGUCUUGCUCUUGACAUUGGUCGUCAUACUUGCAAACCUCAAACGCCUGUCUCUGACUGAGCCAAAUCAAGAUACAACAGUUACACGCUUCCUAACAGUCACUCUCCCUUUGGUCCAAAUAUGGUCGUCUGUUGAAGUACAUGCAGCUAUUCUUUGUGCUUGUGGCGUUACUUUGCGCGCUCCAUUUGUCGAAAGCUGGCAAAAGCUGCGAGCCAGAGUCCAAAGCGAGGCUCUCUACCCAAAUCUUCCGUUCAUGAAGCGUCGUGACAGGCAGCAAAGCGCAUCUACAAUGGACUCACAAGAAUCAGCAGAUUCUAUUGGCAUCGCAAAGCUGGCACUCGCACAUGCACAGUCCAGAACGGCUAUAUCACAAGCACCCGAGCAUCAAAUAAGCAUGGAGCAGAUGCUCGUUCAAGCAUAGGAAUAAUUUCUCUCUGAAGUCUCCUGAAACAAGAUGUGACUGCAAACAUGCUAGAGAUUCAGCGUGUUUCAAAGCUGAUCUUGGAAACACUAUACUUGUGCUUGUUCCAAACAUCC